AUGGCUGUGGACGUAACUGAAUACCAUCUUAGCGCAUUUUGGGUAAUAUUACUUGAUGCUCACCAUGCCCAGCACCUUCUGAUUCUUUUCUUGAAGAAAGAGUUGACAACGUACACAGUUAUUAAGAGUCCUCCUGGCUGGGAGAUUGGGAUCUACGUCACCGGGGCCCUCGCCUUGCUGGGGGUUGCUGCUGUGAACCUCUGGAAGCUCUGCAAAUCGGGCAGCUUCCCCAUCCCAUCUCCAUUCCCAAACUACGACUACCGGUACCUGCAGAAGAAGUACGGUGUAACCUACUUGGAAGCUAGGCAGAAGAGAACUAUGGCCUGCAGCAGCCAGAAGGCCGACGAGCAGGGGUCUCCCAGCCGCAAGGGCAGCCUGAAGACGGAUGAUGCUUUUGAGAGCGUCAGUGAGCUGGGCCCCCUGGAGGUGACGAACCGGGAGAUGGACCUCCCCCCCUACGGGACCCUCAAGAAGUCCCUGUCUGCAGAUUCGAUCAAUUCCAUCUCCUCUGUGAACAACAACUUCGGCCAUGACUUUGUGCUGGGCCAGGUGGAGGUGACCAUACAAUACGAGCUGAGAAAGCGCAUGCUGCGUGUGGUGGUGCUCCAGGGCAAGGACCUCCUGGAGAAGGAGGACCCUGCCUUCGACUCCUGCUUCCUGCGCAUCAGCCUGGUGCCCGAGGAGCAGAUCGUGGGCAUCUCCCGGAUCCAGCGAACAGCAUACUCCAUUUUCUUUGAUGAGAGGUUUUCCAUCAUGGUGGACCCCUGCAUUCUGGAGGACAGCAGCUUGCGCUUUUCUGUCUAUGGCAUUGAUGAUGACGACCGCAAUGUCAUGACUGGCUCGGUUGACUUGAAGCUGUCUGUCCUCGAGCUGACCCAGCAGCCCUUCUGUGGCUGGCUCUACCUGCAGGAUGUGAACAAGGCUGACGAUGUGGUGGGCGAAAUCCUGCUCUCUCUCAGCUACCUGCCCACUGCGGAGCGACUCACUGUGGUGGUGGUGAAGGCCAAGAACCUCAUCUGGACCAACGAGAAGGCGACCGCUGACCCCUUUGUCAAGGUAUACCUGCUGCAGGACGGGAAGAAGAUAAGCAAGAAGAAGACGGGCGUGAAGAAGGACGACCCCAAUCCCGUGUUCAACGAGGCCGUGAUCUUCUCCGUCCCGGCCAUCGUGCUCCAGGACCUGUCUCUGAGAGUGACAGUGGCCGAGUGCGGCAGCGAUGGGCGGACCGACAACAUCGGCCAUGUCAUCAUUGGCCCACUGUCCGGUGGCAUGGGCAUCACCCACUGGAACCAGAUGCUGGCCACCCUGCGCAAGCCUGUGUCCAUGUGGCACCCUGUCCGGCGAAUCUAGGAGUCCCCAGAUGCUGAAGCUGGGGGCCAUGUGCCGGUGGCCCCUGCCUGGGACCCUCCACCCCCCCCCGGGUUCCAGCGCAGACUCUGCUCUCUCCAUGCUCUUCUCCCCACAUUCCCAGCUGCAAAGGGGAACAUGGCUCCACCCAUAGACUAUGCCUUCUCUGCCCUGCCUCCCUCCCCUGGGCUCCCCACCCUCCCUGCAACUAGGACUUACCUGGUUACCAUCAUUGCCUAUUUCAAGAGAAGAAGGAGGUCUCCACAGGCAUGUACCAGAGAUGGCCUCUCCCGCUGGCCUUGGGCACAAGCUCAGCCUUCAGAAGGCUGGAGGAGGUGCCAAGGCUGAGCUGGCCAGUGAGGGGCCAGGCCACAGGCAAUGUCGCCGCAAGCCCCAGAUGGGCUUUUCUUGGAGUCCUGGCUGAAAUGAACUUGGCUCUCUGAGCCCAUCUAGCUAGUAGCCCCAAGGGGAGGAAGGAGAAGUCUAGAGUCCUACCUUCUCCAGAAUCCUCCUGGGGGGAUGCUUUCGUCUUCAUGGGCUCCACCACACUUGCUUUCUUUGAGGACAGGUCCUGCUUCAGCCAGAUGCCUGUGCUCUAGACCAGAUGGAGAAAACCCAAGAAUUAACAGAUCUCACUCCCAUUGCUAUCCUGCUCCAGAAGUUUGCAAGAUGCUUUGCUCAAAGCCACCGUGGGACAAAGGACAUACAGGUCAUAUUAUCCCCAUUUUACAGAUAGGGAAACAGGCUCAGAGAUGAGGAGGGGCUUACAAGGUUACAUGACAAGGAAACAGAAUACUCUGCCUCGUGGUUGGGGAGACCAAUUGGAUAAUCAGGAGCAAGCCCUACUGUGUGCUCAGUGCCAGUGCCAAGAGGUGUGGGGGAGGCCAAAGAGGAAAUGACUUCUAGGGGUGCUCACAGCUCCAGCUGGAGAUACACAAUGUAUGAGAUCCCAAACACCAUAAGGAACUGGACAGACUACGAAUGCUACAAGGAUAAAGAAGAGAAAGGUCGGUGUAGACAGAAUUGCUCAAGGAAGACUUCCUGGAGGUGGGGGGAAAUUUCCCACUUCCCUGUAGAAAGGGCAGAUAAUCCAGGCCACGGAAUGGUAGAUUUGUGCAGGGAAGGAAUGGGCUACGAUAUCUGGAAAGUGUGUGUUCUGGUGACUGGCUCUGUGUGCAUGGUAGGUUCUUGUUGGUAUGGACAGGGACAGUUAUAGGAGGGAUCUUGGGGGAAAAUAGCCCUUCCCAGCUGAGGACAAUGGGCCUUCGGAAGUAGCUCCUGGUUAUGUUAAAAGUAAAGAAGCCCUAAGGAAAGCCAGUCAAAAAAAUGCUGGAUCCUCAGCCCCGUUCUCAACCUUUGAGCAGCUGAUUGGAUCAGUCAGACUCUGCAAAGAACCCUAGGGGAUCUUAGGUAUUGGACCACUCCAAGAAACUACCUAUAACAGUCUUAGGUGUGCAUGGUAGACAUCAGAGAAUAUGGAAUAUUGGAGGGACCUUAGAGCAGAGAACAUGGGAUGUCAGAGCUAGAAGAGUCCAGUGCCAUCCAACCCCUUUAUUUACAGAGCACAGAACUGCUGCCCAAUCUAAGACUGGUCCAUUCAGAUCUCUAUGAAGAGCCCCAGAAAGGGCAGCUACUCUUACUAUUAGUAAUUAGCAGUGGUCAGGGCCUGAGUAAGGAGGGGACCCUCCUAACUCAAGUUCUGGCUGUUUCAGACCAUACUGGCUCCACAAACCUGGUCACCCCAUCCCCGCCCCAGAUCAGUCACGAUUCCCUAGCUGGAAGCCCUCAAAGAUCCUGGGGCCUUCUGAAUUCCUUUCUGAUUGACGUUUCCAAGUCUUCCCCUUAGCCCAGCUUGGGUGUAUCAUUCCCCCAAAAAAACCACACACAACCCCCCCAAUUAAAAUAACUACCAUCUAAAAACAGCCACAUUAUGUGACUCAAAAACAAACAAAAAAACUGGAAGCAAUACCACAACCAACAUUUCAGGAUGGCUCCGAGCAGCCUCCCCAGCCAAGCCCAAUCUUAGUAAUUCAGGACGCUGAUGAUGGAGGCUGAUUUUACCUGAGCGGCCCUACUUUCAUAUGAGUUGGGCUGGUGAAGUGGGCCGGGAGAGGGCAAAAAAGGGGAGCUUGAGAAAAGACAAUUUCCUGGGUGCCCCUGGGGAAAUGAUUUCAUCUUUCUGGGUUUCCAAAGGAGGGAAUUAGAAUUGAUGAUCUGGAAGGUCCCUCCCAGAGCUAAUGAUCUAUGACUAAGUCACUUUGGGAUGGUCACUUAACUUUUCCAGAUCUGCCAAAUGGGGGAGCUGGGUAAGUUGAGAGACUCUGGAGCAGUCUAGCCUUAUGGGGCUCUGGGAGCCUUGAUCACAGCUUGAGGAGCUAGCCCUCAUUUUGUCCAGGAGGAAACUGAGGCCCAGGUGAUCAAAAGACCUGUCCAGGAUCACCCAGCUGGAUGGCGGCAGGACUGGCUACUUAACGGAAAAUCAGAGGGUUGGUCCCUCCCAGCUCUCCAGACAGUUUGAUUCUAUGGUGAAUGGUGAUGGAGGUAGGGACCCGUCGGGAAAGAGAGGGCAAAUAGGAUCCGAAGAGGGAUUUUGCAUCUUUGGGAAGAAACAACUUCCAAGGCCCUCAGAAGGCCCCUUUACCUAGGCUGGCCCAGCUUUGGGCGCCCAGAUGCGGGAGCACCUCCAGCAGUAGAGUUCAGGUAGAAACCUGGCAGCCUGAAGCCAGCCCUCUGAUGUGCUGAUGACAAAGGAUCCUCCUCUGGUCCUCAGAGCUCCUUCUCAGGGAGCUGACCAAGCUCACCUGGCCUCCACAGCAAUCGUUCAGCACUGGAAAGCUGGCCAAACCACAGUCCUUUAAAAAAAGACUUCUGCUCUGCUGACUGAGGAGAGCGUUUCCGGGAUGGUGGCUGUUUGGCCGGCAGAGGCUGCGGCCCUGACAGGCAGAUGUGGCCAGCACGGCUCCUGGUCCCCCCAGGUAUUUGGAGAGCUCUCGGGGCCUGACCCAGCUUCUGGAGCCUUCUUGUGUGUUUGUGCUUGUUUGUUUCCCCCUAAAGCAGUGAAGGCUCAUUACCCAGAAGGCUUUUUACUCAUUUCCAUAUAUACAGAUGCUUUAUAAUCUACACUUUCCUUGAGACAGUUCCUGGAGGACACAGGGGGUUCAGGGGUUGUUAUGCCUACUUUACAGACGAGGAAAAGGGCUUAGAGGGAUGGUACCGAGGCCCCCACAGUUACAAAUCAAGUAAGUGGCAAAGCCUGGACUUGAACCCAGGACCUCCAACUCUAAGACAUUAUCCCUGAUUGUCCCAGAUAGCAAACAACUUAAUUUAGGUACUUCCUAAGCUACAAAGGGAGCCUGGACUGUUCUCAGCUGGGGGGAGGAGUCGAGGCAGGUGAGGAAGGUGCUCACCCCAGCUGGCUGACUGGUCCUUCUUUUAACAACUACUUCUUGGUAACUCGGUGCUAAGCUCUUUUGCUACUGAAGGACACCAAAUGGUAUGAGCAGCCCUCCAGAUGAGACACCCAAGAGAAAAGUCCUUGCUGCCUCAGCCUAGUUGCAGCUCUGGCAUAAAGGAAGCACUUCCUGUCGGUGAGAGCCCGUCAUCCUUGGCCCGGGCACCUUGGCUGGAGGCUGCGAGAGUCUCCAGUUGGGUAAUCUGAUGAUUGUCCACCCUGUUCCCUGAUGCCCUAGAUGGUCCUUUCCACCUUGCAGCCCCUCAGGGUUUGAGGGAAGGGCUGAAGUGUUCCCCCAACAUUCUACCCAGUGGGCAGGAGAGAGCAGCAUCUCCUAACCUACCAGCUCCAAAGAGCAGAGUUAACCCCUAUUGUUGUUGUUGUUUUUAACUGCAUGAAAUGUAACAAAUGUGUGUAACAAACGUGUGUAACAAAUGUGCUGAGGUAUCAGUGAUCUAACUUCCCCUACAAAAAAAAUAAAGCAGCUGGAGAAAAAAA